AUGAGUGAGAAGAAAGAAACUAAGAGUCCUACUCGAGAAGAUGAAGCGCAAUGUCCUUUGGCUCUCUCACAACCGAUGUUCACUGUGAGACUUUUCGAAGGUUCUUUGAAAGUCUUCGUCAGUCGAGACACAGCUGGUCUUUCUGUGACUGCCGUUCGAGGUCGCAUAAACCUUGACAACGACAACGACGACGACGACGACGACGAUGAAGAAGAUGACGACGACGUCGACGGUGACGAUGACGAAGAAGAAGAAACAGAAAAGAAAGGCGAAGAAGACGACAGUGUCAAUGUCGGUGUCGCAGGUUCCGUUUUAACGAGACUGCUCGAGGGGAUUCAUUGA